GAGGCCACAUGCUUCCUGUCAAACCUGGAGCUCCACUCCGCAGCCAUUCCCCCUUGUUAUACAAUGUUAUUCCUGGAUGGAGAUCUGCACUAUACUGACACCUCACUGACCACCGGGUGAGCCCGUCCAUCCAUCCCACCGAGCCGGGGUCACCGGACACCAAUCUGACAAAUCUUCUCACCCGGAAUAUCCGGCACCUCUGUACAAGUCGCGGUUCUAUUGCCCCGUCUUGUCCUGUCCCCAGAGGAUGGAGGAGGGGAGGAAGAAGAUUGUGGAGGAGGGGAGGAAGAAGAUGGUGGAGAGGAUAUUGAGCCUCACUAUGGAGUUCAUCUACCUGAUGACGGGAGAGGAAUACACAAUGGUGAGGAAGACAUCUGGUGACCAUGUGACACUCAACAGCCAAUACAGUGUGUCAGGAGAAUGGAGGCGGAACCUAAGAACCAUCAUGGAUCCUCCACCUCCCUGCCUGAUACCAGAGAGGAGGAACGACAAGAAGAUUCUGGAGAUCAUCAACAAGAUCCUUGAGCAUCUGACGGGAGAGGUUCCUAUCAGGUGUCAGGAUGUGGCCGUCUAUUUCUCCAUGGAGGAGUGGGAGUAUAUGAAGGGACACAAGGAUCUGUACAAGGACACCAUUAUUGAGGACCAGCAGACCCUCCCAUCACCGGAUGCAGAAGAUGAACAAGGUUAUCUUCUCUCCCCGGAUGGUGAAAUAAAAGCUAAGGACCUCCCGGCUCAUUCUUCAGAGGGAAUCCUCAUCACUCCAAAUCUCCAUCGGAGUCUUCACUGUGAGCUUCCCUCACCCGAUCUUCACUGUGAGCUUCCCUCAUCUGAUCUUCACUCUGAGCUUCCCUCUUCCGAUCCUCCUCCACUCCGGGUUUAUUUUCCUGAUCAUGAUGGACCCAAUGCCACCCGUCCUCCAGCUCCCAUGAUGGGUGAAGGUCCCUGGUCUUCUGAACUUGGUGGACAGUUUACUGCCAGAGCGGAGAUUGUCUCUCUUCAGACCAGUUAUGUGAAGGACAAACCAAACUCAAGUUCCAAAUAUCAGAAAGGUUUUUCCAGCAAACCAGAACUUCUUCUCCGACACGACCGAAUCCACAGGGUGGAGAAGUUGUAUUCCUGCUCCAAGUGUGGGAAAAGCUUCAACCGCAAAUCGAUUCUCGUCAUCCACAAAAAAACUCACAACAUCCAGAAAUCGUAUUCGUGUUCAUUGUGCGGGAAAGUCUUCCCCCAGCAGUCCGAUCUGGUCCGGCACGAAAAGGUCCACUCAGGGAUGAAGCCCUAUCCGUGUCCGAUAUGCGGGAAGCCUUUCUCGCAGAAAUCCGAUCUUAUGAAACACCAGACGGUUCACACGGGGGAGAAGCCCUAUUCCUGCCCCAGGUGCGGCAAGUGUUUUUCCCACAAUUCCUCCCUUACCAGACACAAAAGGCUGCACACAGGGGAGAAGCCGUAUUCCUGUGACGAGUGCGGGAAGUGCUUCCCUCGCAAACCAGAUCUGGACAAACACGAACUGGUUCACACGAGGCAGAAGUCGCAUUCGUGUUCCAAAUGCGUGAAAUGUUUUUCGCACAAAUGGAACCUCAUCCGACACGAGAAGGUUCACAGGGAAGACAAGUCCUAUUCGUGUCCCAUGUGCAGGAAAACGUUUACCCGCAAAGCCAACCUCCUCGUACACAAAGAGGUCCACGUAAGGGAAAAGCUGUUUUGGUGCUCGGUGUGCGGGAGAUGUUUUUCUCAGCAAGCGGAUCUUUUCAAGCACGAGGCGGUCCACGCGGUGGUGAAGCCACAUUCAUGUCCGGGAUGUGGAAAACAUUUUAUCCAGAAAUCGGAUCUGGCGAAACAUCAGGUGGUCCACACGGGAGAGAAGGCCUUUUCCUGCUCCGAGUGCGGCAGAUGUUUUUCCCAUAGAUCGUCCCUUACUAGACAUGAGCGGCUCCACACGGGGGAGAAGAAGUCGCAUGUGUGUAACCAAUGUGAGAAAAGCUUUUCCCGCCAAUCAGAUCUCACCAAACAUGAACUGGUUCACACGGGGGAGAAGCCCUAUCCCUGUACUGAAUGUGGACAAUGCUUUCUGUGCAGACAGGAUCUUCUAGAACACGUAGCGGUUCACACGUUGUAUUCCUGUUCUGAAUGUGGGCUGAAGUUUUCCCGCAAGUUGGAUCUUAUUGAGCAUGAAAGAGUUCACGUGGGGGGAGGAGACUUAUUCUUUAUCGAAGUGCGGGAACAUUUUUCUCCAGAAGUCCCAUCAGCUCAGACGUGAUGGUUCAAACUAGGGAAAAAGUCAAAAUCCUGUUGGUAACGUGGAAGACGUUGUUACAGUAAAGCUGAUUUUAUUGCACAUGAAA